GGGUGAAGUCGGACGCAGUGACGGCAUCCACUUCCAGUACGAACGUCGUGCGGCGACGCGCAGCAGGGAAAUCAGCGCUUGGAAGCGGAUGGCCGCGGCAGAAGCGAUCGGCGCCAGUGCGGGGAGAUGGUCUCUUCACGGCAAGACAGCCCUCGUCACCGGUGGCACUCGCGGCAUCGGGUAUGCGGUGGUGGAGGAGUUGUCGGCGCUGGGAGCGGCCGUGCACACCUGCUCCCGGACGGAGGCGGAGCUGGCCGAGCGCUUGAAGGAGUGGGAGGCCAAGGGAUUCCGCGUCACCGGCUCCGUCUGCGACGUCUCCGUGCGGGAGCAGCGGGAGCGCCUGAUCCGCGACGUCGCCGACCGCUUCGCCGGCAAGCUCAACAUCCUCGUUAACAAUGCGGGCAUAACUAUUGAUAAGCCAACACUUGAAUACACUGCAGAGGAAUACUCCAUCACAAUGGCCACUAAUCUUGAAUCCGCAUUCCAUCUGUGCCAACUUUCACAUCCUCUUCUCAAGGCGUCCGGGUCGGGCAGCAUUGUCUUCAUAUCAUCAGUCUGUGGAGUGAUAGCGGAAGCUAGUAGCUCCAUUUAUAGCUUGACAAAAGGUGCCAUGAACCAGCUAGCAAAGAACCUGGCAUGUGAGUGGGCGAAAGAUCACAUAAGAACCAACUCUGUUGCUCCAUGGUACAUCAAGACAUCAAUGGUGGAAGCAGAUUUGGCAAAGGAGGAAUUCAUGGUUCUCCUCAGGCAGCGAACUCCCAUGAGGCGUGUCGGAGAACCUGAAGAGGUAUCAUCGCUGGUGGCGUUUCUCUGCAUGCCCGGUUCGUCUUACAUCACUGGCCAGACGAUCUCGGUUGAUGGUGGAUUGACCGUCAAUGGGAUGUAUCCAACCCACGACUAGGAGCUGCAUCCUGCUCAGGUGUUGUAUGUAUGGGAAACUGGAUCCAUUGGACAUGUUUGGCAGAACAAAACGUAUCAAAUAAUGGUUCAUCGAG